AAUCAGAUUUUACAUUUCCAUGCUAUAUAAGCGGCAGUUCGAGGGCACCGAGGCAUCAAACACAGCUUAGCUCUUAGGGCUAAAACAGCAAAACCCCAUAAACCCCAUCUCAACCUAAGCCUGGCGAAAAUGUCGAAGAUCCACGUUGUUGUUCUUGUAGCUGCCGCUUCCGUCCUGAUGGCCGGAGUGCGAGUGCUGGCGCUUCCCUCGGACUCAGCCGAUGCCCACGCCGAGAUCCGCAGCUUCGUCAACGAGAUGAAGCAGGAGGACGGCAGCUACAACUACCAGUUCGAGACGACCAACGGCAUUGCCCAACAGGAGCAGGGAGUGGGCGGCUACUACGCCUCCGGCUCGUCGCAGUACUACAGCCCCGAGGGCCAGCUCAUCCAGCUGACCUACACGGCCGACGAGAAUGGCUUCCAGCCUCAGGGCGAGCACCUGCCCACGCCACCACCCAUCCCGGAGGCCAUUCUCAAGUCGCUGGAGUGGAUCCGCAACCACCCAGAGGAGAACGACGAGUACGAGCACCACGAUCACGGCCAUGCUCAUGGUCAUGGGGCCGAGCAGGGUAAACAGUAUCUGCAGCAGGAACAGUCGCGGCAGCUGCCAGUGGGCCCUCUGCUCGCUCCGGUCUCAGCGCCGGCAGCAGCCUCUGGUCUUCCCUACGAGAGGAAGAUUUGAAUUAGUGGCGCCCCAGCUCGUGGGCACGUGCCUCGUGCCCCUUCAUCCUGUCCAUUGCCACAAAGAACACACGCAUUGUAUAUAGUGUAGACACCAUCCACAUCAACAUUAACAUGCUCCUGGGCCGCUCGAUUGCGUGUCCGUUGUCGGCUCGGCUGACGUUCACAUUUAUUGCCAGAGAUAAUAAUAGUAUAAUAAAAGAAAAGUACAAUUAAA